CACUAGUGAACAGUUGGCAGUUCCUAUUUACAACCCAUAACUCGUUCACGUGCUAGUUGCUAUCAUAUGCAAUUGCAAAUUUCAUAGGCAUUGUUUCAGCAACAGAUAUAAUAAAAGUUGCUAAAUGACAAAAGUGCUCAUUUAACUCAGAUCUCUACAACACUAACUUAACUAAGCUUAUGGGGUUUCUCUAAUUUCUUUCUACUUUUGGGUUUUCCCUAAUUUCUUUCCACAUUUCUGGGUUUUCCCUAAUUUCUUUAUAGUACAUUUCUGGGUUGUUUUCAUUCUUUUGCUUUCUUACAAAAAGAAAAAGAAAGAAAGAGAGAAAAAGAUAAAGUCUUUGUAAUUUAAACAUUCAAAAUUAAGGGUAUUGUAGCUCACAAGCCAUUGAAUAGUGAGAAACUGAAAUAUUCUUUCUUAUGGAAAAGUAGCUUUCAUGGCAGCAGGUGAAUACUGAGUUACUCCAGUUUUUGGUGACUUUUCAACUGAAGGAUUGAAUUUAAUUAUUGGGUUAAUUUGGACCUCAACAAGUAGUUGAAUUAUAGUUGGGUUGGUUUGGUAGAGGGUCAAUAUUUACUGCCUUUUGAGGUUGUGUAUGUGUGCUUAGAGAAGAGGGAAAAAAUGCUGUGUGCUUGCUCAGGAGAGCAAUUCAGAUUUGAGGAGCCUGCUCCUCUGUCACCGGAGUCGUUGGCCACUAGGGAUUUCUCGGUAAGCGGCCUGUCGUCGAGGACGGGUGAUUUGAAGAGUGUUUCUUCAAGGACUACCGGAGAUUUGGGGUCAAAGUAUGAAGAUGCCCAUGUUGAUGAAGUUGAAUCCACGUUGAAGGAAGCUCUUUCAUUAAACUAUGAGGAAGCUAGAGCUUUAUUGGGUAGGAUAGAAUAUCAAAAAGGGAACUUUGAUGCUGCUCUACAGCUUUUCCAAGGCAUUGACAUUAAGGUAUUAACCCCAAAGAUGAUUAAUGCAAUUACAGAGCGCACUCGACCUCGAAAAGUAAAAUCCAAAGGUAAUAAUCCGCUUGCUGGUGUAAUGUCUUGGCAUUCCGUCAGUCUUCUUCUCGAGGCCAUUCUACUAAAAUCUAAGGUCUUGCAAGAGCUUGGAAAAAUUGCAGAGGCUGCUCAGGAGUGCAAAAUGAUUGUGGACAUAGUUGAAUCUGCAUUACCUAAUGGAAUGCCGGAAAAAAUCAGUAACGAUAAUAGGAUGCAAGAAAUGUUUCACAAAGCACUGGAAUUGCUUCCUAAACUUUGGACGGAAGCAGGGUGUCUUGAUGAAGCGAUUGUAGCAUAUCGUCGAGCUCUUGUAAAGCACUGGAAUUUGGAUUCUUCCAAAUUAGCUCGUGCCCAAAAGGACUUAGCUGUUAUAUUAAUUUAUGGAGGUAUUGAAGUGAGCCUUCCCCCUCAAUUACAAAUAUGGGGUCCAGCUACCCCUCGGAAUAAUCUCGAAGAAGCAAUUCUUUUGCUGUUUAUCCUAGUUAGAAAAGCAACUUGCAAAGAGAUCGAAUGGGAUCAAGAAAUCAUGGACCAUCUCUCGUUUGCUUUGUCUAUGUGUAGUGGUUUUGAGUUUCUCGCUCAUCAUGUGGAGCUAGUUCUUCCAGGAAUCUACGACAGAGCCGAGAGAUGGUACUUUCUUGCUCUAUGUCAUAGUGCUGCCGGACAGAACAAGACAGCCUUAGAUCUAGUGAGGAAGAUUACAGGACACUCUGAAUCAAAGCACAAACCCCACAUCCCUUCACUUUUGUUGGGAGCAAAACUUUGUGCGGACGAUCCAACGCUUGCCCAAGAAGGGAUAACUUAUUGCCGCAAAGUUUUUGAUUUGGCUGGUGAUGGAAACAAACAUUUUGAGGCUCAAGCUCAUAAGUUCCUCGGGAUUUGCUACUCAAAUGCUGCUAGAACCUCCAUAUCAAACUCAGAGAGAGAGAUGUUUCGGAAGGGCUCACUAAAGGCCCUAAAAAAAGCCGCUUCAAUCGCAAAGGAUGACCCUGAAUUGGUGUUCAACCUAGGGCUGGAAAAUGCUGCACAGAGAAAUCUUGAUGCUAGUUUCGGCUACACCAAGUCGUACUCCAGUAUGAUGGCUGGCAGUUCAGGGAGGGGGUGGAAGCUUCUGGCUCUAGUAGCUUCUGCACAACAGCAAUACGAAGACGCAGAAGACAUAGUUGAUAUUGCAUUGGAUGAAACCACUGGUACCGAUCAGCUGCAACUUUUGAGACUGAAGGCUGUUCUACAGAUAGCUCAAGAUAAUCCCAAGCAAGCUAUAGAGAACUAUGUGCUUCUGUUGGCUCAGAUUCAAGCAGCAAAGAAGAAUGAUACUCGGACACCUUUUCCGAAGACAACGGAAAUGAAUAAUUUAGAGAUUGAAGCUUGGCAAGAUCUGUCCAACUUGUACACAAAGCUCGAAUCAUGGGGUGAUGCUAAAAUUUGUGUUGAAAGGGCAAGGUCGAUUAACGUUUACAACCCUCAAAGUUGGCAUGUAGCAGGCAUGCUUUUCAAGGCGCGAUCACAAUACAAGGAAGCACUCGUCUCAUUCUCUGUCUCGCUGUCAAUAGAUCCAAAUUACGUUCCUAGUUUAGUUUCAGCAGCCGAAGUGUUCAUGGAACUCGGUCCGUCUUCACUUCCGAUGGGCAAAAGUUUCUUAAUGAACGCCUUGCAAUUAGAGCCGACUAACCAUGAUGCGUGGUUGCACCUCGGCUUGAUUUUAAAGAAAGAAGGUUUAGUAUCUCAGGCGUCUGAUUGUUUCCAAGCGGCAUUUGAACUGAAAUCCACAGCGCCAAUUCAAUCGUUUUAAUAAAGCCAUUUCCAGCCUCGACGAUAAUGGAGCUCAUAGAGUGCUUCUAAAAAUGUCAAGUUCCUGUUCCCAUUGAUAGUGAAUCCAUGUAUGAUAUCCAACUUGUCUAGUUAAAAUCUGUAUUUCAUCUGAUAUUUUUGUAUAGAGCUGAGAUUUCUGGCUGAGCUAAUUAGUAGUUCACUGUUUCCAGGUUCCAACCAAAUGUGCUCUAUUGUAAGCUGUAAACUGCUGUGUUAAUUUUACUAAAUUUUCUUGUAUGUAAAUUCUCACUUUGCA